AUGCUGGAAUGGAUUGUUCCUAACGGAUUCACUGCGUAUCCCUGGAUUUUCCCUUCACACCUCUAUUUACUUUUCUCUUGUCUCCUUCAGGGUUGUGUUGAUCAUCCAAUAGUUCUGACAGAAGCAGUGUGCAAUCCUCUGUACUCAAGACAAAUGAUGUCAGAGCUCCUCUUUGAAUGUUACCAAGUGCCAAAAGUAUCCUAUGGUGUAGACAGCUUGUACAGCUUUUACCACAACAGAAGGCAGAACUGGCCCUGCAGUGGUUUGGUGAUAUCUUCAGGUUAUCAGUGUACACAUAUUUUGCCAGUUUUAGAAGGCAGGUUGGAUGCUAAGAACUGCAAACGGAUCAACCUCGGGGGGUGCCAGGCAGCCGUGUAUCUGCAGCGCCUCCUGCAGCUGAAGUACCCGGGCCAUUUUGCUGCCAUCACACUCAGUCGCAUGGAGGAAAUCCUGCAUGAGCACAGCUACGUUGCAGAGGACUACAUAGAAGAGCUGCAGAAGUGGCGGUCCCCAGAGUACUAUGAGAACAACAUGCACAAGAUGCAGCUGCCUUUCUCCAACAAGCUGCUGGGCAGCACUCUGACAUCAGAGGAGAAGCAAGAGAGGAGGCAGCAGCAGUUACGUCGACUUCAGGAACUCAAUGCACGUCGUCGAGAAGAGAAGCUACAGCUUGACCAAGAGAGGCUGGACAGGUUACUCUACGUGCAGGAACUUUUAGAAGAUGGUCAAAUGGAUCAGUUCCAUAAAGCUUUGGUGGAGCUGAACAUGGACUCUGCAGAAGAGCUUCAGUCCUACAUCAACAAGUUGAGUCUGUCAGUUGAACAAACAAAGCAGAAAAUCCUACAGUCAGAAGUCAGUAUUGAAGUAGAUGUUGUGGACAGCAAGCCAGAGACUCCUGAUUUGGAUCCAUUAGGGAGUGAACAGUCACUGGAGGAUGUGGAGAGCAUUAAUGAGUUUGAACCUUUGUUUGCUGAGGAACAGCCUGAAGUUGAGAAGCCUGUUGCUGCAGUGCAGCCUGUGUUUAACCUGGCAGAAUACCACCAGCUUUUCCUUGGAACUGAAAGAAUCAGGGCUCCAGAGAUUAUCUUCCAGCCAUCCCUGAUAGGAGAAGACCAGGCUGGUAUAGCAGAAACUAUGCAAUAUGUCCUUGAGAGGUACCCAAAGGAGCAACAAGCUAUUCUUGUCCAGAAUGUUUUCCUCACUGGUGGAAAUACCAUGUACCCUGGGCUGAAAGCCAGAGUCCAGAAGGAACUCCUUGAAAUGAGACCAUUCCAGUCAUCUUUUCAGGUUCACCUUGCUUCCAGUCCUGUUUUAGAUGCCUGGUAUGGGGCUAGGGAUUGGGCAGUGGAAUACAUGACCCGUGAGGAAGGCUGGAUAACCAGGAAAGACUAUGAAGAAAAAGGAGGAGAAUACCUCAAGGAACACUGUGCUUCAAAUGUCUACGUUCCCAUUCGCCUCCCAAAGCAGGCCGCAAAGACAGCAGAGGCACUGGCACCCAGCAGAGUGACAGCCAGCACAGGCAAUCCUUGUGAGCAGGCAUAGCACUGCCCCUGGGCACAGCCUCAAGGGGAGGUGACA